AGUGUUAUCACAUAUUUUGCAUCCACGCACCACGGCCACGAUGCUUAGGCGGUUCAUGUCCACGAAGUACAAGUUCUAUGACUUGGUGGUGGCCACGCCGACCCGGCCCCAACAACCAAUAGAAGCAUCUCUCAUGAAAGCCAAAGACUUGCGCAAACUCAGAGCAGCAACAAAAGUCACGUUUGAAGGAAAAUAUACUCUCGACGAACUGCCACAAGAACGUAUCGAGAAGAUCUUUGGGGGGAGAAUCAGAGGUGAUACGCGGACCAGCUCGAGCCGGCUCACGAGAGGUCAACCACGAAAUAUAGCAGGUGUGAUGGUACCUGACAAGCCACCCGAACCUGAUAAUUGUUGUAUGAGUGGGUGUAUUAACUGUGUCUGGGAAAUGUACAGAGAUGAUGUCAAGGAGUGGAAUGAGAAGAGGUUCGAAGCAGCUGCUAAAAUCAACGAACAGGGUGGAGAUUUCAUAUGGCCUCAUGAUUUCCAUCCUCCUGUGCAGCAUUUAGGCGAAAGUCAUAUACCUGAAGAGUUCAAGGAGCAAAAGAAGGAUGGGUCAGCCGAGGGAAGAGAUGAUGAUACUUGGAGCAAUGUGCCUGUGGCGAUCCGGGUGUUUGCGGAGGCAGAAAAGAAGAUCAAGGCCCGGAAGAAGCAGCGGGAAGCUGGAGAUGAGGGAAGAUGAAGACUAGAAGAUGAAGUUAAAGAUGAAGUUAAAGAUGAAAACUAGAAGAUAAGACAAUCAGGAAGAGAAGAGUUUCAUGAUCCACUCACGAAAUUCACUUACUACAUCACCGGCCCAGUAGACUGGGUCUUAUCCGUCAAUAGACUGUAUAUUUAUUAUAACACAUUACUCGUCCAAGUCAAUUCCCUUGCUCUUGUAGAACUCCCUGGCCUCGUCUAUCUGCACCAACAACUCCUUAUACUUCUCGGGCUUGUCCUUGAAGGAAAAUACCCGGUACCCCAAUACUGCCAACGAGUAGGAUCCCAAUGAAACAACGGCCCAGAGGGGUAAAUAAGGCAAGAUUUCCUGGUGGAAAAGCUGGGGGCUGGGAAUUACCUUGGCCAACAAUGCAAAGUACACGGCACCCACCGCAGACAACGCCAAUAACGUCUCUGUAGCUUUUGUCAUUUUGGAGAAUAUGAAUUGACGU